CACACCAAAAUCUGGAUCUUGACCACAGCUGCGCCUAAGAAUCAACUGGUAGGAUCUCACGAUGUCCGUACCUCCAGUCGAAGCCAAAGUCGGCGCAAGGAAAAACUCCUCUACCAGCACCGAUCUCGCAACGAAUGGACACAACUCCCAAAAAGUCGAACAAUCCCUCUCUCUCCUCUCGCCUAUCAAAUCAGAAGCGGGUGAAAGACAACCACGGCUAGCUGAGCAGGAGGCAUUACUAGGCAUUGACAGAAAGGUCAAGAAAGAAGAAGAAGAUCGAAAGGAGGAUUUGGGAGAGGCAGAAGUCUUAGAGCAACAUCAUUAUGUCCUGAGAUCUCACGAGCAGAAGAAAGACUGGGACGUUACUGGGACUUGGAAGAUCUCCUGUGCUGCUAUUCCGGACGAACCAGAUAUGAAAUUAACAAUCUAUAUUGCCAAGUCAGAUGGCAAGAACCAGAUGUUUGCAGAGUUCAACUUCGGUAUUGCGGAGGGCGUGUUCAGGUUCGAGAAGCCGACCAGGAGGAGAAGUCUAAGGAUAAAAAGCAAGAACCAGGAUAUGGACGAUGAUCAGGAAGACUCAGAGUACGACCCAACGAACUUCUUCCUCGCCAAAACAGACAAACCGACCCCCACCAACCCGACAUGGAAUUAUCGUUGGCGGGGCGAAGAACCCAAAGGCCCCAUUUAUUUCGGCGCAGACGAAGUUCUGUACAGCAUCAUAUUCGAGGAACCUAAAGGUACCAAACUAACGGGAACUCUGGGUGGUGGUCCUUGGGGUGAAUGUAGGUUUACGGGUAUCAAGGUCAAGAUGGGUCGUGAGUGGGAUGAUGAAAGCAUCGAGGAUGAAUGGUAUGCAUAUGGAAGAGCGGCAUAUGAAGGGGGUGAGAUUCUUCGAUUAUAUGAUUAG